CCCCUUUUGCAUUUUGGACUUUUCCAGCUCACAUUGCUAACAAAGCUACCAUCCAGCAAAUCUCGAAAUCUACAACCUCUUUUGUUUCUUUAAGAUAAAUUAUCUUUAUUUUUCUCUCACCAUGACCGACAGCUCUCUUCUUGUCAAUGUAGAGAAAUGGAUUGAAGUCAACAAACAUUCUUUUAAUCCACCAGUUUGCAACAAGCUCAUGCACUUUUGUCAACUCAACAUCAUGUUUGUUGGUGGACCCAAUACAAGAAAAGACUAUCACAUAGAGGAAGGAGAAGAGCUGUUCUACCAGGUGAAAGGUGACAUGUGCCUAAAAGUGGUGGAGAAUGGGAGACACAAAGAUGUCCACAUUAAGGAGGGAGAGAUGUUCCUGUUACCAGCCCGGAUCCCCCACUCUCCUCAAAGACAGGCAGAUACUGUGGGUUUGGUGGUGGAGAGGAGGAGGCUCCCCAGUGAAACAGACUGUCUCAGGUAUUAUGUGGAGAACACCACUGAUCUUCUGUUCGAGAGGUGGUUUUAUUGCCAGGACCUGGGGACUCAACUGGUGCCUGUCAUCAGAGAGUUCAUGGCAUCAACACAGGCCAAAACAGGCAGACCAGAUCCUAAUGAGACGUUCAGGGACCCUCCGUUCCAAAUGAACACGAUGAACGUCAUGUCUCCUUUCUGUUUUAAAUCCUGGUUAAACAAACACCGUGCGGCUCUGAGAGGCGGAGGGCCCAUCGACCUAUUCGGAGCUCAGUUUGAGACAGAGGCGAUGGUGUUUGGCCCAGGAGAGACAGAGAACACGACUCGACCAAGUGACGCAUGGAUUUGGCAGCUCGAGGGACAGUCGACUGUUACUAUGAACGAGAGCCAGUUCAAGCUUGAGACUGGGGAUAGUUUAUUGAUCCCUGAACAUAACCAGUACCAGUGGCAGCGGGAUGAAGGCACUGUGGCUUUGUUUGUGAUUCAAAAUCCUGAACGCAAAAGACCAUGAACUCUGCAGAAAUUAUAUUUUUAAGCCAUCACAAAAUAUUUCAAACAUUCAAACAAAACAUUUAAGAGAAAGGUCUACAGAUUUAUCACAACAUAACACAAACAGGUUUUCAUGUUUUUCUAAUUAUGGAAAUACUUGGUUUGGUGGGAUAGUUUUACAUCAGUUAAGUGUCAGUUUGUGGGGAAAAAGUGGACAAGAGUACACAAAUACAGGAAGCAGAGCUGGCCAAUGUCAUCAACAAAGAAAAUUCCAUGAAAAUGUAGAAAACUAUUCACGCACAUUUUGGACGAUGUUAACCCUUUGGCCCUUGGUUCCUAGUAACAGUUACGUCCAACCAGGAAGUACAAUUAUUAACUUUACCAAGAACCAAGAAUGUGCUGAGACUUCCUAAAUUCUCUGCAUUUCCAUAGAAAGUGGGUUCGUCAGCAGGUGUACUCGCAGCAAAUGCCUAAAAUUGGAGAUCAAUUUUGCCAAGACUUAGCAAACCUAUCCCAAAACCCUAAACAUACGUGAUGCUAACCCUAACCCUAAUCCUAACCCUUACCUCAACCUGAUUGUGAAAAAAUAUAUAUUGACAGAAAGCACCAGUCUAACCAACACAAAGUGGCUGUUGUUUAGGAUAACUGUGUUUGUGGGAAAAUGGUGCCACACUGAUGCAUCAACAGGAAUUUUUCAAAAAGCUGAAUGUGAUUUUGAUAUAGUUUUAGGUCUAAAUUUGCUUUGUUUUGUCAAAAAGUUUUUUUUUUUUAGAAUUGGCAGGUUACAAAAUGAAUAUGAACCACAUAAAAUAAAGAUUAUCUCUUUAUUUGAAUGUGAAUGUGUGUGCGUUUGUUUUAAAUAUCCGUCUAAUUCACCUUUCAAACCCCCCUUACAAGAUAACAUAAGUUAAGGAUCCACUAUGUACCUUUUCUGUUGGGGAUCUGCAGCCUGUUUGUAUUCAAGGAGAUGUUAUUGCAAUGCCUGAAAUGUUCCACAGUACAGAAUUAAUCUUUUUGCAUUUAUUCAGUCAAUGUGUUUUAAACAGGCAUUCUUUCUGUGAGUAGGGCAGCCGCUCCACAGAUGUGACUUUCUACUUUCUCUGGUCACCUCCACUGCCUCCACGUCCAAGUUUUAACAUGUAUUUAAAAUGCUUAACCUAAUCAGAUCCGUCACAGAAAGGUGAUGUUCCAAGUGUUUUAUCUUUCAUUUGUCUCCUCCUGUCACACAACAGGCUAAAAAUAUCAGCACUAAAUCAUCAUAAACAAUGACAAAAUAAUUGUUUACAAAUAAAAUACUAAAGCAUG